AUGCCACCACAGGUAGUUGCUGCGCCAGAGAUACAUUAUUUUGACAACACACCAAUAGCGACCCCUCCAGACAUAUAUAAACCAAACGCUGAGGGCAAUGGGCCAAGGGUACGAUUAUCACAACCAAAUGAAGUUUACAAGACAUGCGAUGAAUGUGCUAAUGAAAUUACCAUGAUUCGACGGGCGUUAUUUGAUGAGCCAAACACGGUGGUGAAUCAGAGUGAUGAUGAUGAUGUCAAUGGAAUCAAGUACACGUCACGCGAACGCACCCACCGACUACCCUGUUCUUCAUCUACUACAUCCUUGACUAGACGAACCCAAGAUGGAGCAAGUGAUAGAAACCUAUGCCCGGUUUGCGCGACUGACCUACUAAAAGAAUACAUUUCAGAUAGGCAAAACGUGGAGCUCAUAUCGAAUGACGAUUUUGAAAAAUACAAGGAGCAACACAUUAGUGACUGUCUAGUGGCGUUUGAUUUCAAUACAGAUCAUUCGACUAGGUUUUCACCAGAACUGAAUCCAAAGAACAAAAUGUUGGUGUAUAAUAUACCGCCCAUCCCAAAGCCGCAGUACGAGAACAUUGGUGGAGUUCAGUCUGCAAGUACCAGUGUUGACAUCUCACUUGUGCCUCAGGAGAAAAUUGAAGAGGAUGAAUGCGUUAUAUGUCUUGAAACUUUAAAGCCGGGAGAUAAAGUCGGUAGAUUAGAAUGUCUAUGCGUUUUCCACUAUAAAUGCAUCAAGGAUUGGUUCAACAAAAAGGGAUAUGGUGAGUGUCCGGUUCAUUUCUUACAUAAAUAA